GCGAAGCGUGCGUAUCGAGGGGCGGGGGCUCGGAGCCGGAGCGGGGUCCGCGCGGGGCCUCCCUGGCGGUGGGAGUCUCCGCGCCGCUCACCAUGUUCCGCUACCAGUCCCUGGAGGACUGUCCUCUGGAUGAAGAUGAAGAUGCCUUUCAGACCCUGGGCGAGGAGGAUGAAGAUAUCGACCAGUUCAACGAUGACACGUUUGGAGCCGGUGCUAUUGAUGAUGACUGGCAGGAGGCACAUGAACGGCUUGCAGAACUGGAAGACAAGCCUGCGACAGCUAGAGAGCUGGAAGAUGGGGCGGUCAGUGAUGAGAUGGACCUGCUGGGGCACCAUGAGGAGAACCUGGCCGAGAGGCUGAGCAAGCUGGUCAUUGAGAACGAGUUGGAAGAUCCAGCCAUCAUGCAGGCUGUGCAAACCCAGCCUCCAAUGCAGCCAGGAGGCCUCAACUCCAGCAUCUGGGAUGGAUCCGCAGUUCUGAGGCGCAUCCGAGGACCACUUCUCACUCAGGAGAUGCCCUCGGUGUCUGUGCUGGAAUAUGCUAUGCCUCAGAGACCCCCGCAGGGCCAGGAGGAUGAGCGGGACCUCUCAGAGCGGGCACUGCCCAGGCGCUCGUCCUCCCCAGUCAUUGGGAGCCCCCCUGUCAGGGCUGUCCCCAUCGGCACCCCACCAAAGCAGGCCGCCGUGCCCAACUUCAACCAGCAGAUCCUGUGUCCAAAGCCUGUUCACAUCCGGGCCCCGAUGCAACAGCGUUAUCCUUCCCCCUAUGGCGAGAGGAUGUCCCCAAACCAGCUCUGCAAUGUCCCGAAUUCUUCCCUCCUGGGCCACCCGUUCCCUCCCAGCGUCACUCCCGUUUUCACCCACCUUCAGAGAGCGCAGCUUCUAGGAGGAGCACAGGCUGGACGAAUGUCUCCUAGCCAGUUUGCUCGUGUCUCUGGACUCGUUGGCAGCCCCCUCACAUCCAUGAACCCCAAGUUGCUUCAAGGCAGAGUUGGGCAGAUGAUGUCUCCAGCCAGUGGGUUCCGUGCCUUUUUUGGGGCGCCACCGCCUUCCGCGCCACCCCCAUCCCAGCAGCAGCACCCCCCAUGUCCUGGGUCCCACUUGCAGAACCUAAGGCCUCACCCGCAGAUGUUCAGACCAGAUACAACUCACCUUCACCCGCAGCAUCGGCGGCUCUUACAUCAGAGACAGCAGCAGAACAGGAACCAGCACCGGAGUUUGAAUGGCUCGGCAGGGGACCGAGCCGGCCACCGGAGCAGCCAUCAGGAGCAGCUGCGGAAGGACCCCUAUGCCAAUCUCAUGUUGCAGCGGGAAAAGGACUGGGUAUCAAAGAUCCAGAUGAUGCAGUUGCAAAGCACUGACCCUUACCUGGAUGACUUCUACUAUCAGAAUUACUUCCAGAAGCUGGAGAAAGUGUCAGCGGCAGAGGAGAUGCACGGCGAUGGCCCCAAGAAAGAACGUACUAAACUCAUCACACCCCAGGUGGCCAAGUUAGAGCAUGCCUACAAGCCAGUGCAGUUUGAGGGCUCGCUGGGGAAGCUCACAGUCUCCAGUGUAAAUAACCCCCGGAAAAUGAUUGACGCGGUGGUGACCUCCCGCAGCGAGGACGAUGAGACGAAGGAGAAGCUGGUUCGAGACAAGAGACGUCAGACCCUCGUCACCAUUGAGAAGACGUACAGCCUCCUCCUGGAUGUGGAGGACUACGAGAGGCGCUACCUCCUGAGCCUGGAGGGGGAGCGGCCGGCCCUGAUGGAGGAGAGAAAGCAGAAGAUCUGUGACAUGUAUGACAAUCUGAGGGGGAAAACACCCGGCCAAGAGAGGUGA